GCGGUGCCUACUUUAGUCUCGUGCAAAUCAUUGAGAAGUUCGGUUCAGCAUUAAGGGGGGCGCGCGCGUGCUUUGUGUUUGCAAGUGAAAUUUAAACUGAAAAAAAGAAGAAAACUUUGAAACCGAACGAACGAACGAAAAAAAAAAUAAACCGAACAAACGAACUGGUGCGAAAUUAAUUUUCAGCCGAAAAUAAAUAGACUCGGUUGUUGUCGGCCGAAAGGGAAAUUAGUUGAAUGAAAUUGUUCGUGUGGUUGGACGAAGAACGUAGACACGAUAUAUAUUUUCAAAAAGAAAAGAAAAGAAAACAAUUGUACGGCUUCAAAGUUUCAAUGAAAUCUUGUACUAAAUUUUCUGGCACGUUUUGAACCAUUACUUUAAGCGGCUACUUUCAUUUUCGAUUGUGUCUUUAUCGCUGUGACCAAGUCAAUCGAACAUUUUCCCCCUCGACUAGAACAAGUGAACGAGGGCGAAAGACAAAAAAAAAACAGACAUGCAUUUUAGGUGUGAAUUUGCAACGGUUUUUAUUGUGCUGCUCGCCACAGCAAGUCAGUGCAAACUAAUCGAUCGAUGUGAGUUUGUCCAUGAAUUGCAACACUUUAAUCCACAAAUCGACUAUGAGCAGCUUAAUGCUUGGACGUGUAUCGCUCAAUAUCAAUCAAAUUUUAACACAUCAUUGAUAAAUACGGAUGCAUCAGGUGCCAUUUAUCACGGUAUCUAUCAAGUUAGUUCGGAUUUUUGGUGUUCAUCGAAUUCGCAACUCGAACGAGCCUGUAAAAUCAGUUGUGAUAAAUUGCACGAUACAUUUUUGAAAGACGAUUUCGAUUGUAUACAAAAGAUUUAUGCGGAACAUCAACGUAUCCAUGGCAAUGGAUUCAGUGCGUGGCCCAUUUAUCGGCAAUACUGUACCGAUGGUCGUGAUAUCAUCAAGGAUUGUUUGGGUGAAAAGAAAAGCAGCUUCUUUUUCGAUAAACCUCUCCAAUCGAAGGAUAGAACGAAAGCAAUUGCGGAGAAGAAAGUGCAUAAAAUCUAUGAACGAUGCGAAUUGGCACAAGAAUUGCAUUUCGUGCACAAGCUUCCAUUGGAGCAGAUCGCUACGUGGGUGUGUAUUGUAAAACACGAGUCAAACUUCAACACAUCGGCUAUUGGUAGCCAAAAUGCAGAUGGCAGUUUAGAUCAUGGGUUAUUUCAAAUCUCAGAUAUUUACUGGUGUUCCCCGCCGGGAAAAGGAUGGGUUUGUGGCUUAUCGUGUGCCAAACUUGAAAAUUCCGAUAUCACAGACGAUGUUGCCUGCUUGAAAAAGAUCUACGAAGAACAUCAACGAUUAUCUGGAGAUGGUUUCAAUGCAUGGACAACAUAUUCUCGGUGCAAACGUAAUGUAGAUCAAUACACUGCCGGUUGUUUCGACAGUGAUGUUACAAAUGAAAUCAGUUUCCCAAUGCGCAAACCGGGUAUUUUCGCACCUGCUUUGAUCGAAAAGCCGGCAUUGAAAAAGAAAAUUCCAGCCGGUGGUGCAAAGGUGUUCAGUCGAUGUGAAUUGGCCAAAGAGCUUCGGUAUAAGCAUAACUUGCCAAAAGAUCAAAUUCACACGUGGGUCUGCAUCGCUCAGGCACUGUCCAGUCUGAAUACAGCCGCUGAAGCGCCGAGAAAUGCGGACGGUAGCAGUAGCUAUGGAUUGUUCGGAAUCAGUGAUCAGUUUUGGUGCAGUGUGAACGGUGUUGGAAAAGGAUGCAAUAUUGACUGUAGCAGUUUGAAAGACGGAGACAUCACUGAUGAUGUACAAUGUGUUCAAACGAUAUUUAAUAAACAUCAAACAUUAUUUGGCAACGGAUUUCAAGCCUGGGCACCAUAUGAGCAUCACUGCAAAUAUGAGAGUCCAGAAGUAUUGAGAGACUGUUUGGGUAAUGAAGUAUCAAUAGCAUUUGAUUUCCCAUCGAAACCAAACAACAUUUUCUCACCGGCCAAACCAUCAAAAGUGACCUCGAAAAGUGGUAAAAUCUACGAACGAUGUGAAUUGGCCAAAGAGCUACGAAGCGUCCAUAACAUCCCAUUGGAACAGAUACACACUUGGGUGUGCAUCGUUGAACAUGAGUCGCGCUUUGACACUGCCGCAAUUGGACGAUUGAAUGCCGAUGGCAGCCAAGACAACGGCAUUUUUCAAAUAUCUGACAUUUAUUGGUGUUCGAAUGAAGGUGUUGGAAAAGGAUGCAAUGCAGCUUGUUCUGAUUUCAGAAACGAUGACAUUUCGGAUGAUGUACGAUGUGUGAAGCAAAUCUAUGAAGAGCAUCAACGUUUGUUUGGCAAUGGAUUCCAUGCAUGGACUGUGUAUGAGCCGCAUUGUCGCCAUCAAACAAAUCAGCUUAUUAGCGAUUGUUUCCCGAAUGAAAUUCAUGCAAAUCAGCCAGCGUUAUCAAUACCAAAACCAGUUGUAUCGGUUGUAUCAAAUGCAGUAGGCGAUCAAGGUCGUGCAUACGAACGUUGUGAAUUAGCAAAAGAGUUGCGUUAUCGUCACAAUGUGCCAAAAGAUCAAAUCGCUGAUUGGGUAUGCAUUGCUUUAUAUUCAUCGAAUCUUGCAACAUCGGCAAAAGGGCAAAAUUCGCAUGGUUUAUGGCAGAUCAACAACGAGUAUUGGUGCUCAGAUGGUGCCAGAGGCAAACAAUGCAAUGUGGACUGCAGAUCAUUGGAAGAUUCUGACAUAACGGACGAUUAUCAAUGUGCUCGUCUCAUUUAUGACACUCAUCAAAAGCUCUCAGGCAAUGGCUUUACAGCAUGGAACGUGUACGAACCUUAUUGUCGUGGACGAUCAUCCGAAAUAAUUGCCGGUUGUUUCGAUGAUAUUUCAAUCACACCAAACUUCAAACCGCCAUCACCAAGCUUCACAUUGAAUGUAAAUUAUGCAGACAAUCAAAUUACCAAUUCAAUCGGCGAGACAGCAAAGAAAGGAAAAGUAUACGAACGAUGUGAGUUGGCUAGAGAGUUGCGAUACAAAUACAAUGUGCCAUUGGAACAGAUACACACUUGGGUUUGUAUCGUACAAAGAGAAUCGAAUUUCGAUACGGCAGCCGUUGGACGAUUGAAUGCCGAUGGCAGCACGGAUUGGGGACUGUUUCAAAUUAGUGACAUAUAUUGGUGUUCUAAUUCGGGGCCGGGCAAAGCGUGCAGUGCAUCGUGUAGUAGUUUCCGCGAUGCAAACAUUGCCGAUGACGUACAGUGUAUCAAACGAAUUUUCGAUGAACAUCAAAGAUUAUUCGGUAAUGGAUUCCAUGCUUGGACUACCUAUGAGCCAUACUGUAAACAAAUACAAUCUUCGCAUACCGACGACUGUUUCGCCAACUACGAACCACAAAAAGUGGAAAAUGUCACAAAGAAAACCAUCCCAUCGUUUGUCCCAUUCACAAAAACGACUACACAAAAGCCAAAGACGACACUUGCCGCAACUUUGACCCCAUUAAAUCAGUUCAAGUAUUCGACAUUCGCGCCAUUUUCGAUGUUCACACCUACACAGACAACAACGAAAUACCCUGCAGCAACGGCGGCACAGUUCGUAAGCUAUUAUACAACAUCGACAACGAAGCGACCAUCAUUCGGAACAUUGCAACCAUUUACAACAAAAUCGACAACAACCGCUCCAGCGAAGCUAACAUUUGCAACGGCAUUCCCAGCGUUUGGGGCUCAAAUAAAACCAAAUUCAAUUGCACCAACGAAAAAUGAUAAUCAACCGACAUUCGGUGCUGUGUACAAAAAUUACUUUACGACAACAGCUACACCGAAACCAGCGUUUAGUGUGAUUCAAUCGGCUGGAUUCCCAAAGGUACCAUCGAUUGUAACAACAAAAUCGACUCCAAAACCGGCCUUUGCUGUCACUCAAUCGCUCGGAUUCCCGCAUGUAGCUCCAAUUAUUCCAUCAACAACGAACGCAAAACCCUCAUUCCCUCUGAUCCAAUUACCCCAAUUUUCAUUUACAAAAACAACAACGACAACAACUAAACCGCCCACUGCAUUUGUGUUUAACCAGCAACCAGUCACUUUUGCGAGAGCACCAAUCACCAUCACAACGACACCAAAACCCUUUACCUUCACUCAAUCACCUGGAUUCCCGAAACUGUCAUCAAUUAAAACAACAACUACAACUACAACUACAACCACAACAACCCCAAAACCCACCUUUGCCUUCCUUCAAUCGGCUGGCUUUGCUAAUCCAGCUUUGAACACAAUCGCAACACCAUCACCAUCCACUUCAAGUUCCAAGUUCAACAUAUUCGAUUUGUACUUGGGUCGAUUGACAACAAAAGCACCGGAACGCUAUACCAUUCCGACCAUACCACCACUUCCCAAACAACCGAUAACCUUUGCCAAUCCAUACACGUUGCGCUUCACACCCAGUGCUUCUCUUUCCUAUAAAUUAAAUACGUACAGUCUUCCGGAUGGUUAUAUUAAAAUUAAACCGUCAACGAACAAACCGACUAACGGACAAGUGCAGGAAUUAUUCCAAUUUGAAAUAUCGAAAAUCGCACAAUCUCUGGGCGUAAAUUCAUCAUAUUUACCGCCAUCGGCUGAAUUAGUUCAAACAUCGCGAAAACCACGUAAAUGGCGUUAUUCAUUCUCCGGCUUAAAAUCGCCACAGUGAUAACCGACCAGCAAUUGAUCAUCACAUAAACCAAAAUUUGUCUUAUAAACCGAUAAUAUAAUGCGAUCGGUAUUCGGAAUGUUUGAUCUCAUGCCGAUUUUUAAUCGUUAGAACAUAUUUUAAUAUAGUGUUGAAUUGCAGGUUGAAUCGUUGUGUAAAACGAACUUCUUUUUUUUAUUUUUCUCGUCUGUCCUAAUUACAUUCUAAAUGUUUUAUAUCGAAUUUUUCACGAAAUCCAUGAACAACAAUGGGUUUCUUAAGAAUUUUACUUGAAUUGAUGUGUCAUCGCGCGUCGCAAUUCCUUAAUUUAUGUGUAUAAGCGUAUCGUAGAGAAGGAAACAAACAAACUGUUGAAAACAACAGAAAUGCAUUUCGAACCAUAAGAAAUGGUUUGAAUUCAUGACAUCACGCACCGAAUUGACUGUGUAUAAUUUAUGUGUGAACGAAGUACUGAGAACAAAACAAACAAAUAUCGGAAAAAGUAAAAAAAAAAAACGAAAGUUAACAUUAGCAUUUGUUGGUUGGCCAUAGACCUGUUUCGUCAGUUCUUGAUAGAAAGAAUGUUUGUCAGAAAAAAACAGACACGAAACCAAUCAUUUGAAUAAGAAUAAAUAAGUUCAAA